AAAUAUUAAUCAGUGGAAAUAUGUUUAUUUAAAGAUGAAUCCAGCAGAUGAUGCUUCUCGUGGUUUGAGCAUGAACAGUUAUUUGAAGAACCAAAGAUGGUUUACUGGUCCUGAAUUUCUACAUCAACCGUUACGACCUUCAAAUGAUGUUGAUAACAUGGAAUUUACUCUGGCAGAUAAUGAUCCUGAAGUAAAAAGAGUCAAGGUAAACCGUACCUCUAUCCAGAACGACGUGUUGUUAAGACUAACAUCAAGAAUAUCAAAAUGGAUGAAGUUGAAGAGACUCGUUGCUACUAUGUUACAAUGGGUGAAUCGUAAACGAUAUAUAGAUAUAGAAGACUUGCGAAAAGCCGAAACGGUCAUCUUAAAAUUGGUACAACAUACGAACUUUGCUGAUGAAAUACCUUAUCGGUAAAAAAAAAGUCGGCAAAAAGUGACCAAAUUUUGGCUAGGUGACUAAAUUUUUUACCGACCAAUUUUUUUACCGACAUUUUUUUUUGCCGACCGAAAAUUUUUACCGACUUUUUUUUUACUGACUAGUAAUAUUUGCCGAUUUUUUGAAUUACU